AUGGCGACGACGCUGCCGGUGAAGAAGGGCUUCAUGGCGACGACGCUGCGAGCGAAGAAGAGCUUCAUGGUGACGACGCUGCUGAUGAAAAAGCGCUUCAUGCGCCUGCCGCACGCAUGCGCCUUCGUCGCCGAGGUGCUUCGGCACGCGUGCCCGGUCGCCUUUGGCAUCCCGCACCGCACCGAGACGCCGCACACUGUGCACGGCUACCGCGUACCGCGUGACACGGUCAUCAUCUACGGCAUCCUGGCCGGCCACUGGGACGGCACGCUCUGGUCGCAGCCGGAGCAGUUCAGACCGGAGCGCUUCCUGCGCGAGGACGGCGCGUUCGCGGCCGGUGACAAGUUCGUGCCGUACGGGGUCGGCCCGCGCCGCUGCCCCGGCCGGCGGCUCGCCGACGCGCUCGCGCUCGGGGUCGUGACCCGGCUCGUGCGUCAGUUUGAGCUAACACCGCCCGACGGAGCGCCGCCGCCUCCCGAGGAGGUGGCCGUCGUGUUGACACGGCGCUGCGGACCGUUCCAAGCGCACUUCCGACCGCGGUGA